GGUUCUUCAGCUCGCUGGUGAGCGCUUCGGCAUCACAGGUAGCACCGGUUGUCACUUUUCCAUGUGUCCACCGUCGAGGCAUUGGAGCCCAGGCGGUGGUGCAGUGUACCGGAGUUCUUUCCAACAAGUACUGGCAAAGACUUCUGAGGCUGGAUCGAAAACUGAUUGCUGUUAGAGCCAUGUUUGAUACAUCAACACUUCAUUUCAGUCAUUACAGAAGAAAAUCUUAACUCCAGACAGAUAUGGCUUGGCCACUCAAGAGCUUGUUGAUACUGGUGCUGCUGCUACUGGUCAGUUUCGGUCUAAUUGACGGGCGGAACAGCAUCUGGGGAAAGAAAUCGUCGGUCACACCCAAUGAGCCAGAGGAUGACGAAAUGGACGUGAUACGGUUCGGAGCCAUUUUACCACACACGUCUUUGAUCACAGUUUCGAGAUCUUAUAACAAGAAAAUCACUGAUUCAUUGGACAUGUUAACCAAAGGACGGAACGCCAAGUUCAACUUCGCUAAAUACAAGAGGUACUUGAAGCCUCUGAUUGUGCCCUUGCCUCUGGAUCCGAGUCCGACGGUGGUGCUGAACGCCCUGUGCAAUCAGAUGCUGCCCGCAAACGUCACGGCCAUCCUCUAUCUGACGAACGCCGAAGUAUACGGAAGCAACGCAGCUUCGGCCCAGUAUUUACUACAGCUCACUGGCUAUCUUGGAAUACCGGUGAUAGCGUGGAAUGCGGACAACAUCGGACUGGAAAAGAGGCUACCUCAGUCUCAAGUCCUGCAACUGGCACCGUCCGUGGAGCACCAGUCAUCCGCCAUGCUUAGCAUUCUGAGGAGGUACUCGUGGCAUAAGUUCGCCAUCGUCACCAGUCAGAUCGGUGGACACGACGAUUUUGUCCGAGCUAUUCGAGACCAGAUACUCACCAUAGUGGAUUUUAAGUUUACGAUCAUGGAUAUUUACACUCUAAAGGUUCGCGAUCCGGACGAAGCUCGAGCCGAAAUGCUCGAACUGACGACCAGCGAGGCUCGAGUGUUCCUGCUGUACUGCAACCGUCAGGAAGCCAUGUACAUCAUGCGAGCAGCCAACGAACUGGAUCUAACCGGAAAGAACUACAUCUGGAUCGUCACGCAAUCCGUCGUGGGGCCAGCGUUCGACAAUACUCCCCCUCCGCCGGAUUUUCCGCCCGGUCUACUAGGUAUUCACUUCAAUACGACGAUGAAUCGCCUAAUGGAAGAAAUCGAGCGAUCCGUGAAGAUCUUCGUCCACGGCCUGGAGCUGUUUCUGGACGACCCCCAGAAUCACAACAUCUCGCUGGCUCCCAGCCUGAACUGCACAGCCAACAAUGACAUCAAGUGGAGCAAAGGAGAGCACUUCUUUAAGUAUUUACGCAAUGUGAGUAUAAAGGAGAAAGGAGGACGGGCUGACCUGGAAUUCAACCCUGACGGCACCCUCAAGUACGUGGAGUUGGAAGUGAUGAACCUAAACAACAUGGGAUUCUGGGAAAAGAUUGGCAUCUGGACAGAAGACGGCUUGGACAUAAAAGACAUCGUUUGGCCAGGCGGAUCACCUGUGCCUCCUCCUGGAGUUCCCGAGAAGUUUAACAUGAAGAUCACGUUCAUGGAAGAACCACCGUACGUGAACCUCGUGCCCCCCGAUAACGAGACUGGGGAAUGCGAAACCAGCAGAGCGGUGAGAUGUAGAGUAGCCCCUCGGUCAGCCAUUGAAGGGGUUAACCUAACUCUUGCCAUGAGAAACUCGAGUUAUUUUAUGUGCUGCUCUGGGUUUUGUAUUGAUCUUCUUCAGAAAUUUGCCAAUGACUUACGAUUUAGCUACGAUUUAUACAGAGUGGAAGACGGUGUCUGGGGAGUUUUCGAAAACAACACGUGGAACGGGUUGGUCAAAGAAAUCCUUGAUGGUAACGCAGACAUGGUUGUCACCUCCAUCAAAAUCAAUUCGGAGAGACAAAAAGCGGUCGAUUUCACGGUUCCCUUCAUGGAGACGGGCAUUGCAAUCGUCGUCGCAAAGAAGACGGGCAUUAUCUCGCCCAAAGCCUUUCUAGAACCGUUCGACACGACCUCGUGGCUGAUGAUUCUACUUGUGAGCAUCCAAGUGGCAGCCUUAGCAAUUUUCUUCUUCGAGUGGCUAAGCCCCUCCGGCUAUGACAUGAAAAUGUUACCCCCCAGAGAGCACCGUUUUUCGCUGUUCCGCACCUACUGGCUGGUGUGGGCGAUACUGUUCGGAGCAGCGGUAAAUGUGGACUGCCCGAGGGGUUACACAGCUCGCUUCAUGUCCAAUGUGUGGGCCAUGUUCGCCGUCGUCUUUCUCGCCAUCUACACUGCCAACCUGGCGGCCUUCAUGAUCACCAGGGAGGAAUUCUACGACCUCACGGGCAUAGAGGACGAGCGGCUGUAUAACCCGCGCAAGUCCAUCCCACCGUUUCGAUAUGGCACCAUCCCACAUGGCAACACUGAAGCAGUGCUACGUGUCAAUAAGCCCGAGCUCUAUCGCUACAUGAAGGCAUUCAAGAAGAAAACCGUCCUAGAAGGUAUCAGAGCAGUCAAGAAAGCGGAACUGGAUGCUUUCGUUUACGACGCCACCGUUCUCGAGUACCUGGUUGGUCAAGACAAUGAGUGCCGCUUGCUGACCGUCGGCUCUUGGUAUGCCAUGACAGGCUACGGAUUCGCCAUGCCUAAGGAGUCCAAAUACCUGCACGCAUUCAACAAGAAAAUGAUCGAGUACAAAGAGAACGGAGACAUAGAGCGUCUUCAGCGUUUCUGGCUGCAGGGCGUGUGUAAGCCCCAGAAUCAGAAGCGGAACGCAAGCAAUCCCUUGGACAUCAACCAGUUCAUGAGUGCCUUCCUGCUGCUCGGGUGCGGGGUGCUGCUCACCCUCCUUCUGCUGGGACUGGAACACGUCUACUUCAUGUACGUCCGCAAACACCUCGCCAAGAAAGACAACGGAGGAUGCUUCACGCUCCUCAGCCUGAGCAUGGGCAAGUCCUUGAGCUUUCGUGGGGCUGUAUACGAGGCUCAGGACCUGAUCAAGCACCACCGAUGCAAGGACCCCGUCUGCGACACGCAGCUCUGGAAGGUCAGGCACGAGCUAGACAUGGCCAGGAUCCGAAUACGAAAGCUGGAGGACUUCAUACUCACGCUGCAGAACGCGAGUGCAACAUCUGCCGUCAACCAACCCAGAGAUCUCACGAAGAAUCACGUCAUCACGAACGAGCCAAUCAAGAAUCCAUUAGCUUUGACGUCACGAGAGCCCACGAUUCAAUCAUACACGGAGAUUGCAGAGAUAGAGACCGUAUUAUGAUUCUUUUUAAAAGCAUAUACAAUUCUUGUUCCUGAAAUACGUGAUUAUCUCCUCCUCUCUGCCCCUCACUUGUUAUGGCAUGCAUGUGUAUAUAUAUU